GCCCCUUGAACGUUGCAAUGCGGAGCGUUAUCACCAAAGGAAGACACAGGCGACGUCCACGUAGACGCUGUUGCAAGUGAUUAACGAGAGCACCUCGCUCACUCUUCGAGAGCCAAAGAAAAUCGCGGUUCGAUGGUGGUAUUUACGUGAAUGAGCGUCGCCGGUCACUUCAUUAUCCCGAAGCAUAGACACACAGGCAGAACACAGACAGAGUAAGAGAGAGGGAGGGAGGGGGGAGGAGAGAUGACUGUGGAAUCAUUACCCGUAGAAAGGACGCUUGUUGCGCAAGAUUGGAGGUCCUGGAGAAGACUCCAGUUUUCUUCUCGUCUUCCCUCUCUUGGCGCUCGAGCCUCCCGUUCGAUGGAAGACAGGAAUAAGGUCUAUAAAGAAUUGGGCCUGUUUUCAUUGAGAAAAAAGAUAGAAGAUAUUGUGGUUCGAGCAGAGACAAUAGCACCAACAGCUCUGGAAUUAGAACAAGCAAGACAAAUUAAGCAGGAAGAAAUGGUUCGGAGAUAUAAUCUGUGGGAUGAUCCUGAUAAAUCCAGUGAAAUUCUUCUCACAUUAGGGGACUCCAAUGAUACCGUCUGUUUCCUCAAGGAAUUAAAGUACCAGGCUGAAGAAGUAAAGUUGGUCACACAGCUGGCAGAGAUGGAUGCUAUUAACUACUGGCUUUUUAAGCAAGCAUACAACACUUCCGUGGAUAUUAGCAAUCAAUUAAGUCGCUAUGAGAUGACUAAGCUUCUCACUGGACCAUAUGAUAAGGAAGGAGCUUGCAUCAUGAUUCAGUCUGCUCCAGGAAGCAAGGAGUCUGAAAUCUGGGCUGAGAAACUCAUGCACAUGUAUCUCCUGUGGUCUAAAAAGCAAGGGUUUCCAGGACGUAUAACAGAAAAAUAUUCUGCAAAAUCUGGCAUUAGGUUUGUAACAGUGGAGUUUGAAUGGCAAUUUGCGUAUGGCUAUCUUUCAGGAGAGAGGGGAAUUCACAAGUUGAUCAAAGGCUUUAAUCGUGAUUCUAUCCCCUGCCAGAUUGGCAUGGCAUGUGUGGAUGUUAUCCCACUCUUCCUUGUAUCAACUCCAGAGAUUCCUGUAGAGGAUAAAGAUAUUGAGGUCAGUACAUUGCUCUCUUGUGGAGAAAAUGAGCACCUAGUUUAUCGAAUGGAAAGGGCAGCUAGCAUUCUCCAUGUACCUACUGGCAUCAGAGUUCAGUGCUCAGGUGAAAGGAGUCAUUUUGCUAACAAGAUCAAGGCUCUUAAACGCUUGAAAGCAAAACUACUUGUACUUGCAGAUCAGCAGGAAGUAUCUGAUAUCACUAAGAUUUCUAGAGAUGGCAUUUUUGAUCUUUGGCAGGAAGAGACACGGAGAUACAUGUUCCAUCCAUACAAGCUAGUACAUGAUGUCAAAACAAACACCCAAUUACCAGAUUUGGUGUCUGUUUUGGAUGGUGGUCUUGAACCUGUUCUUCAAGCCCAUGUUCGUCACCGGCACACAAGAGACUCGUAGGUGGUCCUCCCACUUUGACAUGGUUUGAGUUAUUGUGGCUAAUAUUUUGUACUUUUCACAAAAUUUUCUCAGCUAAUCAUGGGUAUAUUUGUAAAAGUGUCUUCUUUUUUUUGUGCAAGACGUCCUCAGGCUGGCUAUAUAUAUAUAUAUAUAUAUAUAUAUAUAUAUAUAUAUGUUUCUAACUAUUCAGAAUCACCCAGCCGAGAGUCGUCCGUCUGAAGCAGAUGAAUGGUUGAGGAAAAAACAAGGAAAAAAAUAUGUCAACUAAUAUUAGAU